AUAAAAUUAGAUGAUAGUACUGGCUGUUGGUAUUUUUACAAAGCGAUAGUUUUAAGACUAUUUACUGCGACCAACCACUUAUCGAUAGGCCAUCAAUGUUUUGACGAAUCCACUGGAUGCAAUGGCAGAAGCGAACUUGGACAAAAAACCGGAAGUGAAGCCUCCUCCGGGACUAAAGGCCAUCAUCGACCACCUGUCGCAGGUGUACCCCGAGCAGCGGAACCCCCUGCAGGUAACCACGCUGCUCAAGUAUUGGCUGGGCGGCCAGGAUCCGCUGGACUACAUCAGCAUGUACAACUACCCCGGAGACCCGGAGAGGAACAUACCACCGCACUGGCACUACAUCAGCUUCGGACUGAGCGACCUGCACGGCGAUGAGCGGGUUCACCUGCGUGAGGAGGAGAGCACACGUUCGGGAAUGGGAUUUGAGCUCACCUUCCGCCUGGCCAAGUCUGAGGCGGAGCUGAGACAGCAGAUCGAGAGCCCGGAGAAGCCGCAGCGUCCGCCAACCUGGCCGGCCAACCUUCUGCAGGCCAUUGGACGAUACUGUUUCCAGACAGGCAACGGACUGUGCUUCGGGGACAAUAUUCCGUGGCGAAAGAGCCUGGAUGGCAGCGAAAACUCGAAGUUGCAGAGCCUGCUAGUGGCCCAGGACCCGCAGCUGGGCUGCAUUGAGACCCCGUUCGGCACCGUGGACUUUUGCCAGAUUGUCGGCGUGUUUGAGAACGAGCUGGAGCAGGCCUCUCGCUGGAAUGGUCGCGGCGUUCUCAACUUCCUGCGCCAGGACGUGCAGACGGGCGGCGACUGGCUGGUCACCAACAUGGAACGCACGAUGAGCGUGUUCGAGCUGUUUCCCGAGACUCUGCUCAACCUGCAGGAUGACCUGGAGAAGCAGGGCUCUGACCUGGCCGGCGUCAACGCGGACUUCACCUUCCGCGAGCUGAAGUCCACCAAAGCAGUGAAGCAGGAGAUAGACUUUCAGUCGUUGAGUGAGAAGUGUGCCAACGAGGAGAACAAUCGGCCUCUGACGGAGACGAUGCUGAAGCGCGAAGAACCAAGCUUCCCGGUCUCGAUGUCAAUGAGCAGCAACUCUCUACACAAAUCCUGUCCGCUGGACUACCAGCCGCAGGCACCCAACUGCAUCUCCCUGGACGGCAUCGAGAUAACGCUGGCGCCCACCGUGGCCAAGUACCUGCUGCUGGCCAUAAAAGAUCGUAUUCGGCACGGGCGCCACUUCACAUUCAAGGCGCAACACCUGGCGCUAACUUUGUUGGCUGAAACUGUAACCGGAUCGGCGGUGAGUGUUAGUGAGCCUUACGGCGUCCUUGGCUAUUGGGUACAAGUCAUGAUCCCUGAUGAUUUGGUUCCACGACUGAUGGAGGACUUCCGCAGCGCGGGUCUGGACGAGAACUGUGAGCCGAUGCAGCGACUCGUGCUAGAGUGGCCUGACAGGAACCUCAAGCUGAUUGUGGAUCAUCCAGAGCCCGUGCUGCCACCCGCUCUGCCCAUGUCCCUCGACGGUGCUCCUCCACUCAAGUUGUGAAGCCCUCCGAUCGAUUUAGCUAGUAUUAUUAUAAAUUAAUCGAACUGAAUCUUCCACUAACAAGUAAGUUUUACAUUUUGUACAAUUCAUCUAACAUCUUACACGUGGCCAGGGCUCUUGCUCCCGCGGGAGUCCACCCACUCGAAAUAUAUACACACUCAAAGAACGCA